ACUCCGGCCAUGAAGAUGCAGCCCCCCCUCGCCCCCCCCUCGCCCCCCUCCCUGGACAGCAUCAUCACAGAGUUCCUGAGGGAGCAGCAUGCGCGCUGCAUUAACCCCGUCACCACCUGCCCCCCCUUCUCCCUCUUCACCCCCCACCGCUGCCCCGAGCCCACGCAGCGCCGCAUGGCCGAGCCCAACUUCAGCGCCCGGCUGGGGGGGCGGGGCCUGUACCCGAGGCACGGGGGGGUGGACCGGGGGGGGCUGGACCGGCACCUCAUCUUCAGCAGGUUUCGCCCGAUGUCGGUGUUCCACGAGGGCGACGGAGACGAGAGCGGCUUCACCUGCUGCGCCUUCUCCGCCCGGGAGCGCUUCCUGAUGCUGGGAACCUGCUCCGGACACCUCAAGUUCUACAACGUGUUCUCCGGGGAGGAGGAGGCCAACUACACCUGCCACACCUCCGCCAUCACACACCUGGAGCCCUCCAGGGAUGGGAAGCUGCUGCUCACCUCUGCCUCCUGGAGCGUCCCGUUAUCUGCUCUCUGGAGUAUAGACAGUGUCUUCACCCUCAAGUAA